AUGCCGUGGAUUAGUAUUUGCUCAUUCCCCGGCGGCUCUCACGCUUCCCCGUUCCCACGCUCGGCGGCCCGUGCCGCGGCGACGGCGGCGGCGGCAGCGAGGAGGGGAGGGCGUCCCUUAUCCCCUCCGCGCCUCCCAAGGAUCCCGCGCAGGCAGGCAGGGGAUAGAGAGAGAGAGAGAAAAAAGAAACGAAAUAAUAACGACGCGCAACCGGCCGCCUGGCACCCUCCCCGUGCGCAGAUCCCCAAAACAGGUCAAAUCAUGAAGCAGAAUCGGCAUUUGAGUGAAGUGCUGAAGUUAAUUUACGCUAUGUGCUUGGAAGGUUCUCACCUGAGUACCAUGCCCUGUCGUGCCCGCUUCCACCUCGCACUCAACACGUACACGCGCGUCUCGCACCUGGCAACACUGCACACGCCGAUGCACGGGGCUUCGCAUGCCUGUACACCCUCAACGGCUCGAGCUCCGCAGGUUCAGUUGAUCACUGACUCUCACAGCGAGAACGUCUGA